GUGCGAACGGAGCCAAUGCUUCGCCUCCGCUUUCGGCGGCAACUGGCGGCCGUCCCUUUUACGACUCUGAGUCUCUCAACUUACGGCCGGACCCGUCAACGGGACACGUUGCCGCAGGGGCGGGGCCUGCCGCUCGGUCACGCCCCCGGGGGCGGGCGCGCUCUCUCAUUGGCUCUCCCGCCCAGCGCGGCGGGAGGCGUCACGUGCGCGGCGGGGCAGGCGGGAGGGGCCGGAGGGCGGCGGCGUCCGGCGGCUCCCGGGAUGCGGUGGCGGCUCCUGUGGCUGCUCAGCGCCGCCGCCGCCGCCGGCUGCUGGGGCCCCGCCGCGGGCAAGACGCUGCGCGGCGGCUUCGCCAGCGCCGCCGCCCGCCGCGAGCCGUGGCGGCCCGUGGCGCGCUUCCAGUUCCACGGUGACCAUGCUGUUCUGUGUGUCAGAAUCAAGAAUGUAGCAGAAGCUGUGGCAAAAUCAGCUAGACUUCACCUCUUUCAAGCACAGGAAUGGCAGAAGCUGGAGAACAGUGUCCAAGAUGACAGCUGUACUGAGAAGUUCUCUAAAGCUCAGCUGACAAUGACUGUGAACCACACAGAGCAAAAUCUGACAGUGUCCCAGAUUCCUUAUCCGGAAACAUGGUAUGUGUUUUAUGUAGACAAGUUUACCUGCGAAGAGAAUUAUUCUGAAUCCGAGGAUAUUCAGUUUGAAAUGGUCUUACUAAACCCAGAUGCAGAAGGGAAUCCAUUAGAUCACUUUAGCGCAGGGGAAUCUGGAUUACAUGAAUUCUUUUUCCUGCUUGUCCUAGCAUACUUCGUAACUGCAUGCAUAUAUGCACAGUCCCUGUGGCAAACAAUUAGGAAGCGUGGACCUAUGCAUGGUGUAUUAAAGGUGUUGACAAUUGCAUUACUGUUGCAGGCUGGUUCAGCAUUUGCCAACUACCUGCAUUUCUCAAGUUAUUCUAGAGAUGGGAUAGGAGCUCCUUUUAUGGGAAGUCUGGCAGAAUUCUGUGACAUAGUUUCACAGAUACAAAUGCUGUACUUAUUGUUGAGUCUGUGUAUGGGUUGGACAAUAGGCAGAAUGAAGAAAUCUCAUGGCAGACCUCUUCAGUGGGAUUCCAGUCCAGCGUCUACCGGCAUUGCUGUAGUAGUUGUUGUUACACAGAGCUUUUUGUUAAUUUGGGAGCAGCUUGAAGAUACAGAUCACCACAGCUACCACUCGCACCAUGGCUUGGCAAGCGGGCUGCUCAUUGGCCUCAGAGUCUGCCUAGCUCUGUCCCUGGCUGCUGGGCUGUACCAGAUUAUCACAGUGGAGAGAAGCACACUGAAAAGGGAGUUCUACAUCACCUUUGCCAAAGCCUGCAUUCUCUGGUUUCUGUGCCACCCAUGUCUUGCAACCAUUGCUGUAAUAUUCAGAGAAUAUCAAAGAGAAAAGAUUAUUACCAUAGGUGUUAUCCUCUGUCAGUGCGUCUCCAUGGUUAUCCUCUACAGACUUUUUCUGUCUCAUAGUCUAUAUUGGGAAGUAUCUUCAUUGUCAUCGGUGACAUUGCCACUAACAAUAUCCUCUGGACAUAAAAAUCGACAUCACUUCUGAGAUGUUUAGGAAGAAUACAUUAUGUAAUAAAUGUGCAAUAAUGACUUGAA